AUGGAUUCGCUAUCCGAAUGCAAAGAUAGGGUAACGGACUUCGGUGAAUCUGCAUUUGUUAUUCUGGUGUGCUUCUCGCGUCAGGACCUAUCAACGCAUAACUCAACGACACACAAGCAGGACCCGCGGCCCUAUCGCUGCGAUCAAUGCGGACGCCAAUUCUCCACUUGCGCCUACCUCUCCCAACAUCGUCGCAUUCACAGCGGCAUCAAGCCCUACGUCUGUCGUUAUUGCGACCGCAAAUUUACUCAAUUGAGUCACGUGCAACAGCAUGAAAGGAUUCAUACCGGCGAGAAGCCUUACAAGUAA